CUUACGUACUACCUGCAGCUCACACGCACGUACACUUAAGUAGCUUGAGCUAUAUAGCUAGGAGAGACGAGGACCACCAUCACCAAUCGUCACGGGCACCAUGGCGCCCAAGCUCCCCGCCGUUCUCCUUGCCGCCUGCGCCUUCCUCCUUGCGCUCGCAGCCCCGCUGGUCGCCGGCGAACCCGACAUGCUCCAGGACAUCUGCGUCGCCGACUACAAAUCCCUUAAGGGCCCGCUGCGGGUGAACGGGUUCCCGUGCAAGCGUGAGAUGAACGUGACGGCGGACGACUUCUUCUUCGGCGGGCUGGCAAAGGCGGCCGACGUGUACUCGGGCAACCCCAUGGGAUCGGCGGUGACGACGGCGGACGUGGAGAAGCUCCCGGGUCUCAACACCCUGGGCGUGUCCAUGGCGCGCGUGGACUACGCCCCGUGGGGCGGCGUGAACCCGCCGCACGUGCACCCGCGCGCCACCGAGAUCCUCUUCGUCGUGGAGGGCACCCUCGAGGUGGGCUUUGUCACCUCCGCGAACAGGCUCCUCAGGCGGACCGUCUCCAAGGGCGAGGUGUUCGUCUUCCCCCGCGGCCUCGUGCACUUCCAGUGGAGCGUCGGGGAGGCGCCCGCCGUGGCCAUCUCGGCGUUCGACAGCCAGCUGCCGGGCACGCUGCCGGUGGCCGGGGCGCUAUUCGGUGCCUCUCCGGCUUUGCCGACAGACAUGCUGGCGCGGGCAUUCCAGACCGACGGCGGAGUGGUGGAGAACAUCAAGUCCAAGUUCCCGCCCAUGUAGGGCAUGAAUCGAUCGUGCAUGCAUGAUUAAUUGUCCAUUAAUAAGGAUAAGGAUGCGUAUGUGAUUUCGGCGCGUUUAAUCUGUUGCUUUAUUUGGCUAUUGGUACGUAACGUACUUCAUAUAUAUAUGUAACUUUAUUAUUUGCUCU